GCCUAUCAACAUCAACCCCACCAUCCGAAGUCUCUAGUCCAGGUGGGAUGUUUUUCAGGUUCUGCCGUGCCAAAAAGAUUGACUUCAUCUCCCCCCCUCAAAUCACGCACCUAAACAACAUCCUACUCUCUGCAACUUCUUCUCAUCCCGCCAGAUAUACCAAUUGAGCUUGUAUCGUAGUUGAUCCCGCUCUCACCAUGUCCAAGACAGAGCAAAAGGCCUGCCUCAUUGUCAUUGAUGGCUGGGGCAUCCCCUCCGACGAGAGCCCCAAGGAUGGCGACGCCAUUGCCGCCGCCGAGACCCCCGUCAUGGACGAGCUCUCCAAGAGCGAGACGGGCUUCACCGAGCUCGAGGCCUCGUCGCUGGCUGUCGGACUGCCCGAGGGCCUGAUGGGCAACUCCGAGGUCGGCCACUUGAACAUUGGCGCCGGUCGCGUCGUCUGGCAGGACGUCGUCCGCAUCGACCAGACUAUCAAGAAGGGCGAGUUCGACUCCAACGAGACGAUCAAGAAGACCUUUGAGGGCGCGGCCAAGGGCAACGGACGCCUGCACCUCUGCGGCCUGGUUUCCCACGGUGGUGUUCACUCGAAGCAGGAGCACCUGUACGCCCUCCUCAAGGCCGCCAAGAAGUACAAUGUCCCCAAGGUCUUCAUCCACUUCUUCGGCGACGGUCGUGAUACCGACCCCAAGUCCGGCGCGGGCUACAUGCAGGAGCUGGUCGACUUCAUCAAGGAGCUCGGCCUCGGCCAGAUUGCCACCGUUGUUGGCCGAUACUACGCCAUGGACCGCGAUAAGCGAUGGGAGCGCGUCGAGAUCGCUCUCAAGGGCCUUGUUCUGGGCGAGGGCGAGGCUAGCGAGGAUCCCGUCGCUACUGUGAAGGCACGAUAUGAGACGGACGGCAACAACAACAGGGAUGAAUUCCUCACUCCCAUCAUCGUCGGUGGUGACGAGAGCCGUAUCAAGGACGACGACACCGUCUUCUUCUUCAACUACCGAUCCGAUCGUGCGCGACAAAUCACCCAGCUGCUCGGUGAUGUCGAUCGAUCUGUCCUGCCCGACUUCGCCUACCCCAAGAUCAACAAGCUCGUGACCAUGACCCGUUACAAGACUGAUUACCCCUUCGACGUCGCCUUUGAGCCCCAGAAGAUGGACAACGUCCUGGCCGAGUGGCUCGGAAAGCAGGGCGUGGAGCAGGUCCACAUCGCCGAGACGGAAAAGUACGCCCACGUCACCUUCUUCUUCAACGGUGGUGUUGAGAAGGUCUUCCCUCUCGAGACCCGUGACCAGGACCAGGACCUUGUGCCUUCCAACAAGUCGGUUGCGACCUACGACCAGGCUCCCGAGAUGUCUGCGGAUGGGGUUGCCGACCAGGUUGUCAAGCGUCUGGGAGAGCAGCGGUUCCCCUUUGUCAUGAACAACUUUGCUCCUCCGGACAUGGUGGGCCACACCGGUGUCUACGAGGCCGCCAUCGUCGGCUGUGCCGCCACCGACAAGGCCAUCGGAAAGAUUCUGGAAGCCUGCAAGAAGGAGGGUUACAUUCUGUUCAUCACCGCCGAUCACGGCAACGCGGAGGAGAUGAAGUUCUCCGACGGAAAGCCCAAGACCAGCCACACCACCAACAAGGUGCCCUUCAUCAUGGCCAAUGCCCCCGAGGGCUGGAGCCUCAAGAAGCAGGGUGGUGUCCUGGGCGACGUCGCCCCUACCAUUCUGGCUGCCAUGGGGCUGCCUCAGCCUGAGGACAUGACGGGCGAGUCGCUCCUUGCAAAGGACCUUAAGAGGAGUGCUGAGGAGUAA